AUAUAUACAAUAGCUUAUUAAAGGACCAAACCAUUCCAGUUUAUUUUCUCUUCUGCACUCUUUCUUUCUCUCACCCAACAACUAAAGGGCCUGGGUUAGUUGUUUAAUUUGGUUUCCUUUCAUUUUCUUGGAUGAAGACAAUCAUGGCUAGGAGUAUCCAAGAUUCUCCCUCUAAGAGGCAGUUCCAUUGGACAACCAAAGUUAGCAAUGAAGAAGAAGAAGAAGAAGAUCUCAGCCCCUCCUCAGACACAAAGAGUAGUGAUCUUAAACAAGAAGAAGAAGAUCCCAAUAAGCUUCUUUGCCCAUUGAAACCUCAAGACCAAGAAUCAGCGGCUACAAGCAGGCAAGCCAGGGCGGUUUCCAGGCUGAAAUCUGUGCUGGGUUCAAUUGGGAGGAACAGAAUAAUGCAAUUGCUGAUGACCCAUCAGCGCCGCCUUGGAACCAAGGUGGUGGGCACCCUUUUCGGCCACCGGCGGGGCGGCAACGUGCAUAUCGCGUUCCAGAAAGACCCCACAUCGGAGCCGGUGUUCUUGGUUGAAUUAGCCACCCCGAUCUCCGGGCUGGUCCGGGAAAUGGCGUCGGAGCUCGUCCGGAUUGCCCUGGAAUGCGACAAGGACGACGAGAAGAAGACCAUCAAGGCUGCAGGCACGGCGGGGAGGCUCAUAGACGAGCCUGUUUGGAGAACGCAUUGCAAUGGGAAGAAGUGUGGGUUCGCGAAUCGACGCGAAUGUGGGGCUAAAGACUGGGAGAUUUUGAAGUCCGUGGAGCCUAUCUCCAUGGGCGCCGGCGUGUUGCGAAUAGACGGAGGAGACAGCGGCGGCGGCUCAGCCGCCGGAGAAAUCAUGUACUUGAGAGCCAAGUUUGACAGGGUUGUUGGGUCUAGAGAUUCAGAAGCAUUCUACAUGAUGAACCCAGACAGCAAUGGCGCUCCAGAACUUAGUCUUUACCUGCUCAGAGUUUAAGAUAAUAGUUGUCCGGUUAUGCUUAAAGUGGACAGAUUUCUUUUGAAACCGUGAUUUUGGUUCUUUAAGGUGGGAGAUUCAAUCUUUCCGGGGAGAAAAUAAUAGUAGCAGGUAGCUAGCAAUUGUAUUUAGUUAAGGAAAGGAGAUUGAUCUAGUAAAUUAAUCUCCGAUGUUCAUUUUUAUGUUUUGUCUUUCCUUUUUUGUGUAAUUUUGGUGAUCAUACAACGCAGAAGAAUGUGAUGUUAAUAUAUUUGGGGGAAUGGAAAAUAGUAUACUAAGUAUUAUUAUUGCA